ACUUUCCAGUAGCACCACCGGCGGCUGCUGCAUAAAGACAGACAAAAGAGGGACAGCUAAAUUAAUAUAAAGCAGAGGAAAAGUUGUAAAAGCUAAUAUUUGGCUCUCCUAAAAUAUUUAAGACAACUCAGUGCAGUUUUUUCUAUCGAGGUUUAUAUAUUACAUGUUUUUACUAGAGAGGGCCUUUUGUGCAAAAGAGAAAAUGACGAGUCUGCUGUGCAUCACAAUUAUCUCCCUGACCCUGGCUGGCAGUGCGUUCAGUCUGCCAACAGGCUCUGCAUCCCAACUAAAAGUUAAGGUAUUCGCAGACCUCGGUUCCAACGUCACUCUGCCCUGCAGACUCAUGUCCCAAGAUGCCAUGGCCUUUGGUAACAAUGGUAUGCGAAUCAAAUGGACCAAGGUGGAAGAUGAUGAAGCACUGAAUAAGGAUGUUCUGCUUUCAAUGGGAUUCCAUAAGAAAACCUAUGGAGGCUUCGAGAACCGUGUCUUUUUACAGGAGCUCGACAAUGAAGAUGCCUCCAUAGUAAUAACUGACUUCUCCAGGGAUGACGUAGGAAAGUACCACUGUGAGAUCAUCAACGGAGUAGAAGACUCCAUGCAAGAGGUUUCCUUGGAAGUGUUGGGUGGUCUGAUUGACGGCGUUGUGUUCCCAUAUACCCCACUUGUUGCCCGCUACAAUCUGAACUUCGACGAUGCUGUGCAGGCCUGUCAGAAGCAAAAUGCUUCUGUCGCCACCUUUGAUCAGCUAUUUGAUGCCUGGAAGGGCGGCCUGGACUGGUGCAAUGCUGGUUGGCUCAGUGAUGGCACAGUACAGUACCCCAUCAACAACCCCAGAGGGCCUUGUGGAGGUACCAACAACGGGCCAGGCCUGAGAAGCUAUGGCCGCCGUGAUAAACAGAUCAGCCGAUUUGACGUGUUCUGCUUUUCUAGUGCUCUCACAGGACGUUUCUAUUGGCUGGUUCAACCCGACAGGCUGACCUUUGAUGAGGCCGUGCAGGCAUGCUUAGACGAUGGUGCAGAGAUCGCCAAGGUGGGCCACAUAUACUCCGCCUGGAAGCUUGAUAGCUACGAUCGCUGCGAUGCCGGAUGGUUGGCUGACGCAAGUGUCCGCUACCCCAUUUCCAGGCCCCGCAAGAACUGCAGCCCCGAAGAAGCUGCAGUGCGCCUUCUUGGAUUCCCAGACAAGACUCAAAAGUCUUAUGGUGUCUACUGUUUCAAGGAGCAGUAAGGCUUUAGCUAGGAAAAGGGAAGUCAUAACCACCAAAGAGCAGCAACAACCACAACAAAUAAAAACAACAACAAAGCAGAUUAGCUUUGGAUCUUACCUAGCAUGAGCUCAAUACCUUUCUGAAGCUGUGAUAACCCUCUUUAACUCCUUAAAAACAAAUACUGUACAUCUUACUUCCAUAUGCAAUGACUGACUAAAUAUUCUGUAGCCAUUAAGUUUUGUUUUUCUCUACUGUGCAUUCAUUAAUUUUAAACAGACUGUUGGGGUAAAUGCGACACUGUUAUUAAUAUGAAUGAUGUGACAGAGACAAACACUUGAUUGUUGUGAAACAUUAUCUCAGUUUGGUUCGUCCUCCACUGAAUGAUCAGAUGUGUGAAGUUCAAGAUUAAUAGCAUUCAUGCUCAUGUGCAGAUGAUAUUUGCUACUUUGAAAAUUAUCUUAAGAAAAUACCAAUGUAAUAAGCUAUGCAUUUAUCAAGUAUCACAUCGAUGAAAUACCUAAGACUGAUUAAAGACUCAUGAACAAAACUACCACUAUUGAGCGAUUUAAUUGAGCAUUAAACUGGAUCAUUCUCUUAUAAGAGUAAAGCUCUUUUUGCCCUGUAAAGCUCUAGACAUAUUUUCAACCUGAGAAAUGUACUGUUUAACAAGAAAAUGAAUUUAAAUGUCUUGAUGGACUGUGAUCUAUUCUGCAUCGAUAGCUCCCAUUACAUCAUCUUCGUUACAAUUUGAAAGACAGUUGUACUAUUGUAACCAUGCUUGUUUUAACAUUUAUUAUAAAACAUUUUGUGAUUUUUAAAGACGGAAAAACUAAUCCUCUCACUUGCAGAUUAUUUUGGGUGAAAUUUAGUUUUUAGAAAAUAAUACAAAUCAGCACGAUUUCAGCCAUAGUGAAUGCAGAAUACGUACAGAUUUUCCUCUGAUACCCUGAACACAAGCUUUUAUACCCCUGAUUGUCUCACAUUUGUAGUCCUUCCCUAAGACAAACAGAGCAUUUAAUAUCACAGUAAGUAAUACUGACGGCCCCUCUUAGUUAAACGAUUCAUUAAAAGCCGUGCUGCAGCAACUAUGAUCUGAACCAUUGUCUGGUAAUAAACAAAUCAACUAGACGACAGCACCCUUUUUAGGUACCGUUACAACAAUGAUUUGAUAUUUCGUGUUUUACUUUUUGUAACGCUGGGCACUGACUUAUGGUACUUACUGCAGGCUACAUGUGAAAAAAUGGUGAUUACUUGUUUGUAAAAGCAAAACUUGUUUCACAUUUGUGCAUUUGUAAACACUUGUGCAUGAAAAAAGUGAAGGUAUUUUUGUAUCUUAUCGCCAUGUAGGCUACCUUUUUACAACAAAACAGUUCGAAAUAAAGAAUACGACUUUUACAUUAAA